GCUUGAUGAAAUGACCAACGCCCUAUAUGCCAAAAAUAAGAUAGGAUUUGUGAACGGAGAUAUCCCGAUGCCAGAAACCAAAUCCCCUUACUUGCUGUACUGGCAAUGUGCUAACGCCAUGGUAAAAGCAUGGUUAAACAGCAGUAUGGAACUGGAAUAGAGACAAAGUGUCACGUUCAAAACGGCACGAGAAAUAUGGCUAGAUCUUGAAGAACGCUUUGGAAAGGAAAGCCCCCCCGAGCAUAUGAAUUAUGGUGCACACUCGGAGCCGUUAGACAGGAUGGCCAAUAUGUGUCCGCAUAUUUUAUCUGCCUUCCGACGAAUAUGAGAUGAAACAGCGUCCAUUACCAAAACGCCCGACUGUUUUUGUGGAAAAUGCGCAUGUGAUGUUGCAAAGAAAAUUAACGAAGCCCGUGAUCGUGAUCAUCUUUACGAUUUCCUCAUGGGCUUGGACGAUUAUUACGGGCACCUUAAAAGCCACAUUUUAGCUACACGGCCAAUUCCUAGUUUGACGACGGCGUAUCAUUUAAUUUCAGAGGGUGAGCAGCAUCGUAUCAUCUCAACGACGAGGAGGACGAGCAUUGAGAACACUGCCUUUCAGAUUCAAAGCAAGCCCAUGACCACCACAAAUCGGAAAACUGGAGGAAGGGAUGGGCGGUUUUGCACUCAAUGUGGACGGAUCAAUCACACAUAUGAGGCAUGCUUUGAAAUUGUGGGAUACCCACCAAAUUGGAAUCAACGUGAAAAGAAUGGAGAACAACGGGAUUCAUGAGGGUGUGACACCAAGCCACAAGCUGGACACGCAGGGACUGGCCAUCCAAUACGUGGCAGAAAAGGGGCCCCACCAAGGGCAACCCAUGUUGACUUGCCUACUGCUCAUGUUCCAUGAUUAACGGAUGAUCAACGUCAGAGACUAGCAUAUUUUAUGCGUGCUGAACUGAAUGAACAGAACCCUGAAAUUAAGGACACUUCUGAUACACAAGUAAACAUGACAGGACUUGCCCUCGAGGAAGCCGAUUGAAGUGGGUAGGAGUUCUAAUGGAUUAUACUACAUGGACACUCUUGCUAGCGAACGUGUGGCAUUGCAGGUUUCUUCCAAAUUUGAAGUUUGGCAUCAACGUCUCGGACAUGCUUCUAAUGAGAAAUUGAGUCAUAUUGAUAUUUUACAAAGUUUCAAGAAGGACAUCCCUUUUUGUGAUUCUUGUGUGAGAGCUAAACAGACUCGUAUUAAGAGCCACACCGGGGAUGGGUAUUUUUUUUAUCAUCCCAAGACAAUUUUACUUUGCAGGGUUUUUGCGAUGCCGAUUGGGCCGGCUGCUCAUUCACUGGCCGAUCAUGUUUGGGAUAUUUUAUUACAUUGGGCGGCUCCCCUAUUUCUUGGCGGAUCAAGAAGCAAAGUGUGGGCUCUCGUUCCUCAGCAGAAGCAGAAUAUCGAUCCAUGGUCGUUGCGGUCAGCGAAAUCAUUUGGUUACGUUGGCUACUACGUGAUUUUGAUAUUCACAUUUCCACCCCGACAUCCCUAUUCUGCGACAAUCAGGACACUCGUCACAUUGCUACAAACCCUGUUUAUCACGAGCGCACCAAACACGUGGAAAUAGAUUGUUACUUCGUUCGUGAAUGAGUCAGUAGUGGCGACAUUCAGCCUCAACCAAUUUCGUUUCAAGAGCAAAUUGCCGAUGUAUUCAUUAAAGCUCUUGGUCGUGACCAAUUCCAAUACCUUCGUUCCAAGCUGGGUGUUCGCGAUCUUCACAAUCCAGCUUGAGGGGGAGUAUUACGUAUAAUAUCAUACCAUUAAUUUAGAAUAUUAUCAAAUAUUACGGCAAUCCCAUAUGAUGGGAUGUUGCCAUGUUUAUUAAUUUUCUUUUAUUAUCUUUCCUUCUUUUCUUUGUCAUCCCACUAUAUAAGGGAUACAUUGCAUGGCCAUGUAAUAAUACGUAUGUAAUGCAAACUAUUUCGGUCACUUACUUCUUUUACCAAUACUUUGUCAAAUACGUUUCUUAUUUCCAUUAUACCCCUACCCCUACCCCACCACUCCUACCCUAUACUUGACCUCGUACUUGUUUACCCCUACCCCCGACUCCUACUCCCCGUCCUCUAGCCUUACCCUAACCCCUACCCCUACCUCUACCACGACCCUACAUACCCACUACCCUAACCCCUCCCUAACCUACCCCUACCCUGACCCCACCCAUCACCGUUACACCUACCCCUAUCCUAACCUCGAACCUACCCCUACCAUACACCCUAACCCUAAUCCCCUACCCCAAGUUGACCCCACCCGUCCCCGUUACCCUACCCCUAAUAUCCACCUCCACCCCGACCCCCACCCGUCCUCGUUACCCCUACCUCUAACUCCCUUACCCCUAUCUUAACCUCGAACCUACCCUUACCCUAACCUCAAACCUACCCCUACCAUACACCCUAACCUUAAUUCCCUACCCCAAGCCUCAGCUCCACGCCGACCCCUACCCAUUGACCGAUACCCCUUACCCCUUUGAGUGG